AUGGCCGCGAAUAGCUUCCAAACGCGGGUCCUAGAAAUACUGAAAGCAACCAGAAAUGUUGGCAUCAAUGCUGGCUGGGCUCCAGCAGACCAGGGUAUCAAUGCUCUCUCAACUCUAUCGUCGCUCUCAAAGAAGCUGCUUGAAGAUGGAAAUCCUAAAGAAGCAGGCGCAAUCCAAGAGGUUCUCACUAUCGCCACGGGAUCUCCUGACUACGGAGGCAUGGGACUUUCAACGGACAUGAACUUAUCAGAAAAAGACAUAGAUGAGGUGGUACUUUUGGCAUCCGCAUGGCUUGAGUCUCUCAACUCAGCCGAAAGGUGCGGUGGACCAAUCGUGCCCUUGGUCAAUAGGCCCGCUGGCCGCCGUCCUAUGAACGUCACGGAGAAGAUAUUCGCCUUGCACGAUGUAAAUCUUCCAGGAUGGGUACGCACUGGGGACACCAUCAGGAUUUCCGUUGACUGGGUCAUGGCCAGUGAAGCAACUUGGCACGGCAUGCUUCAAGCGUACAACAAGCUUGGAGAUCCUGGUAUUUUCUCGAACUCCAGGUUUUGGCUUGCAGGCGAUCAUGUUGUUGAUCCCAGGAUUAUGGACACACCGCUUGUCCAGAAGCUUGUUGGCCAGAUGGACUUUGCAAGAAAGAGGUUCAAAAUGACCGAGUUCCAAGGCCACAACUACACCAUCAUGCAUACAGAGUUCUACCGCGAGCGUGCACAGCCUGGACAGAUAAUCAUCGGUUCUGAUUCUCAUACCUGUAGUGCGGGCGCUGAUGGAUGUCUUGCUAUUGGCCUAGGCGCCACCGAAGUCACGAUGGCGCUCGUCACUGGCGAGAUCUGGUUCAAGGUUCCAGAGGUUGUUGAAAUUCGCCUGAUCGGCAAACCACGACGAGGUGUAGGCGGGAAGGACAUUAUCCUAUAUAUACUGCAACAACUCAAGCGCAACACCGUUGCGGCGGACAGAGUUGUAGAGUACACUGGGCCAGGAUGUCGAUGGCUGAGCCCCGACGCCCGCUUCGCUGUUGCUAACAUGACAACUGAAUUUGGUGGCAUCACAGGCAUCUUCCAUGCGGAUGAAGUAACCAAGCAGUUCAUCGAUUCUCGAAAGACGGCUCAUCACAAGACCGCUUCUUACUACUUCAAGCCGGACGAAGGUUGUUCAUACGCUGAGUCUCACAUCAUUGACAUAUCUCUGGCGCAGCCAUUCGUGGCUCGAUAUCCUAGUCCCGAUGAUGUUGUGCCCGUGUCAGAGGUUGCAGGCACACAUCUCGAUGGCGUAUUUAUCGGCGCAUGCACAACGGCGGAGGAAGAUCUCAUAAUGGGAGCAUUGGUUCUGCAAGCUGGUCUCGAGGCAGGAAAGCAGCCCGUUGCGGGAGGAAACCGCCGAGUGGUACCGGGAAGCCGUCCUAUCGCGGACUACUUGCGAAAGUCCGGACUCGCAGAGAUCUAUGAACGUGCUGGCUUCACCAUCGGUGUUCCAGGAUGCAGCUAUUGCGUGGGUAUGGGUGCGGAUAUGGCCCAGCCAGGUGAGGUCUGGUUGAGCAGCCAAAACCGCAACUUUGAAAACCGAAUGGGGAAGGGGGCUAUUGGAAGUUUGGCUUCCGCCGCAACGGUCGCUGCGUCGUCCUUUGACAUGGUCGUGACAUCGCCGCAGGAGCUCAUCGAUCUUGUUCCAGAUGAGCGAUGGAACAGCAUCAAAGGCAAAGGCUCACUUCCCGAGGGACCUCUCACCCAACCGCUCUGGGUCGAGCCACCUGGACAAGAUGCCGAGAACCAAGAGGGCGCAGAAGAUGAGCAGGAAUUCAAACUGACUGACGCCAGAGCGGGAGACAAUGGGGCAACAGGAUCUGGCACUAUUAAGAGCAAAGUCUUUCGAUUGGGAGACUUUAUUGACACUGAUGCGCUUGCCCCGGCCCAAUAUCUCCUUACAUCAAAGAAUAACGAAGAGUUAGGAAGCCACUGUCUUGAGCACACCACCCCAGAGUUCCGACAGAAGGUCAAAGAAGGUUACGAGGUGGUCGUCGCCGGCAAGGCGUUUGGGUGCGGAUCUAGCCGCCAGGAGUCUGUUCAAUCACUGCUAGGUGCUGGGGUGAAGUGUGUUAUAGCCCAGAGUUUUGCCUUCAUCUACAGCAGGAAUCAGCCAUCUUUGGGACUAUGGGGGUUCAUCAUCAAUGAUGCUCAAUUUUACGAGAAGGCAAACAUGGGAGCGGACAUCGAGAUUGAUCUUGACCGCAAUGUUGUGACCGUUGAUGGGAUGUCUUUCGAUUUCCAGCUUUCUGAGCUAGAGAAAAAGCUGACCAAGAUGGGCGGUAUGACAAAUGCAUUCAACCAAUUUGGACAGCGAAUCUACGACGUCUUGACUGGGCGAAGCUCUAAGAAUGGCAGUGUUCUCAAGGAACCUAAGGUUAAGGCCCCACAGGACGCUAUGGCUUGGUAA